AUGGUGUCGUGGAAGGAUGGAUUUGGAAUGCCCAUCGAGGCGGAUUUUAUGAAUGAUGCGGGCGCCGGCCGCGGCCAUGGCGAUGAGGAGGAGGGAGCCCCUGAGCCCAUUGUACGGCUAGGUGGCGCAUGGGCCGCGCACCUUCCCCCUGCGCUCCCCAAGCUCGGCGUUUGGAUCCCCGAGGAGCGGCGCGGGCAGAGCCCGGCAGGGAAGCGAAUGGGGGCCCCGUGGGGAGUCCACCCGGGGGUAGAUGCGGGUCCAGCGGGGGAGCCCGCGGUGCCGGUUGCGGAGCGGGCCGGGGCGAGCGAGAGCCGCUGCGGGGCCGGGGAGCUGGGGCCGCCGCCAUUGCCGCGCCGCGCCGCCGAGCGGACCUGCCGCCCGACCGAGGCCGCCACCGCCGCCGCGCCGGCAGCUUGCUCCGGCAGGGCUUAUGGCUGCGAGCAUGGGAAGUUACUGAUAAUUGAUGUCACCAAUGGCCUUGAGUUCAUUAACAAAUCUCUUGGCAUAUCAGGGCGAGUACAGGUACUUCGCAAUGCAUUUCGUGUCAUUGUGGCUACCAGGAAUAUUCUGCUGGUUUGUGUUGAUGGAAAACUUAACCUCUUCUUUUGCAUCUCUUCCAGUAAUAGUUAUGCACGAGUGCGAGCUGUGGUGAUGACCCGGGAUGACUCAAGUGGUGGAUGGUUACCACUUGGAGGGGGUGGACUGAGCUGUGUCACAGUCUUCAAAGUCAUUCCCCAGGAAGAGAAUAGCUGUGCUGAUUUUCUUAUCCAUGGAGAACGACUCAGGGAUAAAACGGUGGUCUUGGAAUGCACAUUAAAGAAGGACCUCGUUUACAACAAAGUUACUCCUACAUUUUACCACUGGAAGAUUGAUGACAAGAAGUUUGGCCUCACUUUUCAGAGUCCUGCUGAUGCCAGAGCUUUUGACAGAGGUAUUCGGAGAGCAGUAGAGGAUAUUUCUCAAGGUUAUGCACCCUCCCAAAAUGAUGUUGAAGUGGCAGAAGACUGCCUUCAAGCUACUCAAGAAAAUACCUCUGGUUCAUUGAUGAAAGAUCAGCUGUUCCAGCAGGACACUGUGGUCACCAGUGACCCCUACAACAGUGCCAACUUAAGGCCUUCAGCACUGGAGGAUUUCAGCAGCAGGAGAGCCUGUUUGCCUAACCAGCCCAACCAGGUGCCCCUGAAGUCCCUCAGGCACGUCAGUUUCCAGGAUGAAGAUGAGAUUGUGAGGAUAAACCCUCGGGACAUCCUGAUCCGGCGGUAUGCUGACUACCGGCAUCCUGACAUGUGGAAGAACGAGCUGGAGAGGGAGGAGGCAGACUCACACCCCCCCUUUUCUAAAGCAGACAGUAAAAAAUCCGACUAUUUAUACCCCUGUGGGGAUGGAACUAAGUCGAAUUCCCUGAAAGACUCCAAGAGUUCUGUGGUAUUUAAAACUCAGCCUUCCUCGUCCAAAUUUAAGAACUCCAAGAGAAGGAAAGAGGAGGGGGAGCGCUCCCGCUGCGUCUACUGCCAGGAGAGGUUUAACCACGAAGACAACGGCCGGGGCAAGUGCCAGGAUGCUCCAGACCCCAUCAAAAGAUGCAUCUACCAAGUCAGCUGCAUGCUGUGUGCAGAGAGCAUGCUCUAUCACUGCAUGUCAGACUCGGAAGGAGACUUCUCCGACCCCUGCUCCUGCGACACCAGCGACGACAAGUUCUGCCUGCGCUGGCUGGCGCUGGUAGCCCUCUCCUUCGUGGCUCCCUGUAUGUGCUGCUACCUGCCGCUGAGGGCCUGCCACCACUGUGGCGAGCUGUGUGGGUGCUGUGGAGGGAAGCAUAAAGCUGCAGGAUGA